AUGGUAGCCAUUGUAAUUUAUAUUUUUCUAUUACCUCUGAUGAACACAUUUCCAACUUCUUCGAUAACAAAUUCUGCAGAAAACAAUAAUAACUUGAUGCAGAAUUCUACUGAUUUGUAUGAGACCACCACAGUAUUGAUUACUGAAAUGAAACAAACAGAGGUGACAAGUUCAAGUAUUACAACAAUACCAUCAGCAGACCAGAUUGUUACUGUACCAUAUUACGAAUACAGUUCCACUACAGCUGGAAAUCCAAUGUUCUCCAGUAGCGCCAUUGUUUGCAUGGUAUUUGCCGUUCUUGUUUUCAUCAGCUGUGUUUAUCCAUUGAAAUGUUGUAAGAAUGUACAUUUGGAAGCGAGCAAAGUCUGGAUCGAAGACUAUAAACUUUACAUUUGA